AUGGGAGCUACCGACCAUGAUCCGUUGGCCAUACUUACGCGGCCACCACCAAACGAAACGCCAAUCGAGAGAGCCGCUCGUGAAGAAAGAGAGGCUCGCGCGCGUCAAAUAAGCGAUCAGAUUGACGAACAACUCAAGAAGGAUAAAGCAGCUCUAAAACGACAGAAUGGGCUCGUCCGAGUGUUGCUUUUGGGUCAGUCGGAGAGCGGUAAAUCAACGACUCUCAAAAACUUUCGAAUGAAAUACUCCCGCGCUCAGUGGAAAGCUGAACGUCUCUCCUGGCGCGCAGUCAUUCAGCUCAACCUCGUCCGCUCCGUCCUCACCAUCCUCGACACAAUGCAAACAGAAAUGAACGGGACCACCUCCACCCCGACAUCCUCCGUUGUUCAAGAAUUAUCCGGUGACGAAGAGGACGAAGAGGAAGAUAACCCGAUUCCCUGCGCGACUAUAAGUGGCGUCGGCAUCAUCGUGAACAUAAGCCGCCGUUCAUCAUUAUCCAAGGACUCCAACUCGAGUUUACGAACGACUCUAUCAAGUCAUCACCAAAUUCUCAAACUCCGCUUAGGACCUUUGCGAGGCGUUGAAGCAGAUCUGAAGAAACGCUUGGGUGCAGCAUCGGACGAGGAAGAAUUCGACUCCAGCGCAUCCCUUGGUAUUGGCCCCCUGGAACCCUCAUCUUCUAGCUCAGGUGAUGGUAACCAAGGCGCCGAAAGACGAAGCGGAAACGCGAUGAUUGCAGCACGUAAAGUAAAACGACGUGAAUUCGGCGUAAAGCGGUUACACGAAGCCCUGGAGAACGGCGUGCAUGCACUGUCAUCUCGUGGCAGUCAUCAUGGCCACGGUACGCGCGACUCGGGGUCGUUUACCUCCGAUGACGCUACGGAUAUUAUCGCGAGUUGUAGAGAUGACAUGAAGGCGCUAUGGCUGGAUGAAGCUGUUCAAAAGGUGUUGGCAAAGAGGAAGGUGAGGAUUGAAGAUGGGGCCGGAUUCUUCUUGGAUGAUAUCGACCGGAUCGCGACACGCACCUACGAGCCUUCAGAUGACGACGUCGUUCGUGCCCGCCUCCGAACACUCGGCGUGCAGGAGUACAGCAUCCAAUUCGAGCAGAGUAAAGGGCCAACGCUGUUUGCCGGCGGUCUGGGUGAUUUCGGAAAGGAAUGGAUCAUCUACGACGUAGGCGGAGCACGGACGAUGCGACAAGCGUGGCUUCCCUUUUUUGACAACGUCAACGCCAUCAUUUUCCUCGCGCCUAUAUCGUGUUUCGACGAACGCCUCCAAGAAGACUCCAAGAUCAACCGUCUCGAAGACUCCUGCCUCCUCUGGCGCUCCGUCUGUUCCUCUAAACUGCUGGCCAAAGCGACCCUUAUCCUCUUCCUCAACAAAUGCGAUAUUCUCAAACGUAAAUUGAAGUCUGGGGUUAUGGUGAAGAACUUCCUCCCGAGCUAUGGGGAAAGACCGAAUGACGCAGGGAGCGUUAUCAAAUACCUCAAAGAAAAGUUCAAGGAUAUACUGAAGGCGCAGUCCUCGGUCCCCAGGACAUGUUACUAUUAUGCGACAUCCGUGACUGACACCAAAGCUACUGCGAAUACACUCAAGACAGUGAAAGAUUCCAUCGUACGGGAACACCUUAAGACUGCAGACAUGGUGUGA